AUGGAGAAAGCCAGUGGAAGAAAGUCCCUUGCUCUGUCCACAGCAGAGAAUGGCAUAGAGAACGCAGGGCUGGAGCUCACGGAGGAAGAGGUAAAUUCUGAGCGAACCAGGAGGAUGGAAGUGCAAGGACAUAGUCUCAGGGAUGAUGUGAGGCCUGCCACUCACCAAAGGAGUUAUCUACAGCCUCUCACCAAGGCAAGAACUUUCUGCCAAAGACAUGCAAGCUUGUUCAAGAAGAUCCUGUUGGGCCUGUUGUGUCUGGUGUAUGCUGCCUACUUCUUGGCAGCUUGCAUCUUGGAUUUCCAGAGGGCACUGGCCUUGUUUGUCAUCACCUGUUUGGUGAUCUUGGUCCUGCUUCACCACUUUCUGAAAAAGUUCUUGGGUAAAAAAUUAACAAGAUGCCUGAAGCCCUUUAAAAAUUCCCAGCUGAGACUUUGGAUAAAACGGGUGUUCGCAGGAGUCUCCUUGGUUGGCCUUAUCCUGUGGCUGGCACUAGACACAGCCCAAAGGCCAGAGCAGCUGAUCUCCUUUGCAGGAAUCUGCAUGUUCAUCCUCAUCCUCUUUGCGUGCUCCAAACACCACAGUGCAGUGUCCUGGAGGACAGUGUUUUGGGGCCUGGGUCUUCAGUUUGUCUUUGGAAUACUGGUCAUCAGAACUGAUCCUGGAUUUAUUGCAUUUCAGUGGCUGGGAGAUCAGGUCCAGAUUUUCCUGGCCUACACUGUCGCUGGCUCCAGUUUUGUCUUUGGGGAUAGCCUGGUCAAUGAUGUCUUUGCUUUUCAGUCUUUACCAAUCAUCAUUUUCUUUGGAUGCGUGAUGUCCAUUCUAUACUACCUGGGCCUUGUGCAGUGGGUUGUUCAGAAGAUCGCCUGGUUUUUGCAAGUCACUAUGCGUACCACUGCCACAGAGACCCUGGCUGUAGCAGGAAACAUCUUUGUGGGUAUGACAGAGGCACCUCUGCUCAUCCGCCCCUACCUUGCAGACUUGACCCUCUCUGAAAUCCACGCAGUGAUGACUUCAGGGUUUGCCACCAUUUCAGGCACUGUGUUGGGAGCCUUCAUAUCCUUUGGGAUUGAUGCAUCAUCCUUGAUUUCUGCUUCUGUGAUGGGUGCUCCUUGUGCACUUGCCUUGUCAAAGCUGGUAUAUCCAGAAGUGGAAGAGUCCAAGUUCAAGAGUAAAGAGGGGGUAAAACUGCCUCGUGGGAAGGAGAGCAAUGUCCUAGAAGCUGCCAGCAAUGGAGCCACAGAUGCUAUAGCUCUUGUUGCGAAUGUCGCAGCCAACCUGGUUGCCUUUUUGGCCGUGUUGGCCUUCAUCAAUGCUGCCCUUUCCUGGUUGGGGGAACUGGUGGAAAUACAGGGGCUCACUUUCCAGGUCAUCUGCUCCUAUAUCCUAAGGCCCAUGGUUUACAUGAUGGGUGUAGAGUGGACAGACUGUCCAAUGGUGGCUGAGAUGGUGGGAAUCAAGUUUUUCACAAAUGAGUUUGUGGCCUAUCAGCAACUGUCUCAAUACAAGAAAAGACGUCUCUCUGGAAUGGAAGAGUGGAUUGAUGGCGAGAAACAGUGGAUUUCUGUGAGAGCUGAAAUCAUUACAACAUUUUCACUCUGUGGAUUUGCCAAUCUUAGUUCCAUAGGAAUAACACUGGGAGGCUUGACUUCAAUGGUGCCCCACCGAAAAAGUGAUCUGUCCAAAGUUGUGAUCCGGGCCCUCUUCACAGGGUCCUGUGUAUCCUUUAUCAGUGCCUGUGUGGCAGGAAUCCUCUAUGUUCCCCGGGGAGCUGAAACUGACUGUGUCUCCUUCCUAAGCACAAGUUUCACCAACAGAAGCUAUGAGACCUAUGUGUGCUGCAGAGAGCUCUUUCAGAAUACUUAUCUGAAUGGCACCAAUCCACCUUCUUUUUCUGGUGCCUGGGAAGACAAGGCAUUCAGUGCCAUGGCCCUUGCUAACUGCUGUGGAUUCUACAACAAUACUGUCUGUGCCUAA